AUGGCAGACUUCAUGUCGGCGUUAAAGGAGUUCUUCAUUGACUUGUUUUCUCAUAUGGUGUGGGAAUGGUUGGUGAUUUUUAUAAAUUUGAUCCUGUGGGCUGGGGUUUACUUUGAGAACGCUCAACGCCAUUUCGAAGAUGCCAAACAAUUUCUAGCUGAUAUUGAAACCAAUUCCCUGACUUUAGAACGAUACAUACAGAAGUUACCGUCAGUGAGUUUGUAUCCUUGUGAAUCUUUAGAAUUCAAGAAGGAUUGGGACGAUAGCCAGCAAGUGGUUCUCCAGUAUAAGGAAUGUGCAAAUGACUUUAUCGAUUACAUUCUCAACAAAUGUGGCAGCACAGGACCCAAUAUUCCUUACAGUCUUGGUGGGCUCAAAAAGAUUAUCAGGCUGAAUUGGCCUGGUACGAAGAGCCGGAUUCGGGAGUUACACCGGCGUGUUGAGAACGCACAAUCCGCUGUCAAUCGGAGAUGGACUAUCCUUGAUAUACACAACAAUUCACUGGCAGAAAUGCCUCAAGUUCAAGCUCGACGAUCCAACGAUUCGAUAAUCCAACCUCUUGAAUAUGUUCAAAAUGAGCAUUCCGAGCCUUCUGUCGCCUCAUACAAAAGACGGCUGAAUCCAUUCAAGCCCCUCCACGAAAAACUUAUCGAAUCUUCGAUCAUUGUUCUUCAGGGAGAUGCUCAAUCUGGAAAGACACAGCUAUGUCGUGGUUUCGCAUGGCAUCAUAGAUACAGUUAUUUUAAAGUUUUCUGGAUCGAUGCGGAAAACUUGAACAAUGACACAUUCGCACAGUCAACAUCUAAUAACGGACUACAAGAUCUUCUACAAGAUCACCGAAAGUCUAUCACCGGAAUCUGCAAUCACAAAAAGCCAUGGCUUUUGAUUGUAGAAGACGCCAGUGAUUUCGGCUUAUUGGAAAAACUUCUGCCAAGGAGUGAUAGAGGCCACAUUAUUGUUACGACCAAAGGCUUGAACAGUAGCCUUCCUCCACAUAUUCACUGCGAGAAAAUGGAGUCUCUUUGCUGCGCAAAGGAGCUUCUCAUGUUGGGGAUGAAUCUGUGCAGUCCCUGGAACGAUGCAGAUGGCAACCUAGCCUCGGAGGGAGAGCCCCCAAAAAAGCUCCUACCACUCACCCUGUCCUUGGUAGGUGCCACGAUCAAUAAGACGAAAUGGACUACCGAGGGUUACCUGGAGAAGUUUAACCAAGUUGAAGACAAUAUACCAUCAGAGUACAAGCGCUUCCUGCCUGCGACAGAACACGCCUUUCAGCGUGAUAUCAUAUUCGCCUUCGAGGUUUCCAUCGACGAAAUCAAAGAACGACCCGGGAAAUUCACUCAGGAUGCGCCUGAGUUGCUCGCCAAGUUAGCCGAGCUGCAGGGAGAGGAAAAUAAGAACCCCGUCACUUCUGAUGUCUUGCGGAGGGGAUUUGGACUCUUGCACAAGAAGGUCAACAAGCGAAAUCGAUUCUUAUCCAUCAUCUUGUCCAUCAUCGGAUGGCAAAGUGCCCAUGGCAGUGAAUCGGAAGUGGACAGUAAUGAAUCAGCACAUUUUGACUUGCGGAUGCAGAUGGCAGUCUCGAAGCUUCAUGAUAUGCAUAUGAUUGACAUCCAAGGCUGUGGAUCAAAUCAAGCCUUCUCAAUUCCAUCGGCCGCUUUGCGAAAAUGGAUUAAAGGUCGUUACUGCAAGGAACCAAGGAGGGUCAUGGAAGUUUGA